GCCGACCGACGUAACACGCAUUAAAAGGUUUUUGUUGGCCAUCUCUUUUUAACAGCCACCACGCCAAUUUUGUAAACACAUUACAGCUCAGCUAAUGUAAUAAUCGCUUUAGCUUAUUAAAUGUAGCAGCCAUUUUCUUAUUUAAGACGCAGCUGGUUGGUGUACAGCGUUACCUAGUAUGUGAGUUUAAUUCAGCUUCUACUUAACACUAAUGGAUGCUGUUAAAUGAAGUUUUUGUGGUAUAUAAGCUAAGUGCGCGCUGCAUGUGAGGCUCUGUUUAAAUCUCGCUGUCAAUGUGUCAUUAUCGGGUUUUAAUGGACAAUGGAGUCUCUUAGGCUGCUAUCGGUGGAUUCCUCUGACCGGGGUUCUCAGAGAUGCAGGCUGGGCCCGGGUCUGAUGUCGUCGUUGGGUCUAAGACUGGGCUCCCCUCUGCUGGUGUCUCUUCCCGGGGGAAGCUGCCUGUGCACCGCCUGGCCCCGUCCCGACCUGGCGGAGGGCUUCCUGCAGAUGGACCUGAAAUGUUUCACUCCCAGCUUGGUUUCUGGGCUCCCCGCACACCUGAGCUUGGACACGGCUCAGCUCAGUCCCGCACCCUGCACCAAACUGAAGAGUGUUAAAGUAACUGUGGUGGUCCGGAGUCUUGAUUUUAAGAAAAACACAAACUCUAGCCUUGUUCAUGAGCUUGUGAAGGACAUGCUGGCGGGUGUUUAUGCCCAUAAAGAGUUUGUAAUAAACCUGGAGGAUUUUAAUAUAGAUAUCAGAUAUGUUGCUGUUCACGGCAUCAGUCCAAAGUCUGCAGCUGCUGGAGUCAUCACCUCUAAAACUGGUUUGGAGAUAGCUGAGAUCCAGACAGUCCAGCAUUACAAGAGUCGACUGCAGGACCAGCACACACCCCCGCUGGGAGGACUGGACGAGGUGAGUGCAUCCCUGAGAGAGAUGCUGCAGCUGCCCCUCCUGUAUCCCAACACCCUGACCUCGCUGGGGAUGUCCUGCCCCAGAGGUGUGCUCCUGGUGGGGCCUCCUGGAGUUGGGAAGACCGUGUUGGUCCGCAGGGUGGUCAUGGAGGUGGGAGCCAGCCUGGUGGUGGUCAGAGGACCAGAGGUUGUCGGGUCACGGCCGGGUGAGAGCGAGGAGACGCUGCGGGCUGUGUUUGAGCGUGCCCGGUCUGCAGCAGAAGAGGGCCCCUGCGUGUUGUUUUUGGACGAGCUGGACUCUCUGUUUCCAAAGAGAAGCGGCUCCUUGGCGCCGGAGAACCGGCUGGUGGCUCAGCUUCUCACGCUGAUGGAUGGGAUGAGUCGGUCCGACCGCUUCCUCAUCGUAGGAGCCACCAACAGGCCGGACAGUUUAGACCCGGCGCUGCGUAGGCCUGGGAGGUUUGACAAAGAGGUGAUCAUCGGUGCGCCAACACUGCUGCAGAGAAAGGCCAUCCUGUCUGUUCUGUGUGAGAGAAUGCCCGUGGGCCCCACCGUGAGCAUUGCAGAGCUUGCUCAGAUAACGACAGGAUACGUCGGAGCAGACCUGAGUGCACUGUGCAGGGAGGCUGCCAUGCACGCUUUGAGGGAGAACGUAAAGGGUUCAGGGGAGCAGGUGGUGGAUAUGAAGCACUUCCAAGAGGCCCUGAAGUUGGUGGGCCCAUCCUGCCUGAGAGGCAGCCUGGGCAGGACGGAGAUCUCCCCGGUGCUUUGGGAGCAAAUCGGAGGCCUGGAGGAAGUCAAAACCAAACUAAGACAGAGCAUUGAGUGGCCUAUGAGACACCCUGAGGCAUUUGUCCGUCUGGGGUUGUGUCGGCCGCGCGGCGUCCUCCUGUACGGACCUCCAGGAUGUGCAAAGACGACGCUUGUCAAAGCUGCUGCCACCUCGUCCCGCUGUGCCUUCCUGUCCGUCAGCGGCGCCGACCUGUACUCUCCGUACGUCGGAGACUCUGAGAAAGCUUUAGCUCAGCUGUUCCGGCAGGCCCGCGCCUGCGCUCCCUGCGUUCUGUUCCUCGACGAGAUCGACUCGUUGAUCGGGUCGCGGUCCGACGUCGGGACCCCUAACAGCGUGCAGACCCGGCUGCUCUCUGUGCUGCUGAAUGAGAUGGACGGGAUCGGCCUGAAGACGGUGGAGAGGAGGGGAGCAGAUAAGGUUCUGCAGGCAGAGGGAGUGGAGCAGAGUCGCACAGAUGACGAGCUGGACUGUCAGGAGGUUUGUAACAAAGAUGUGAUGGUUGUAGCUGCCACAAACAGACCCAGCUGUAUCGACAGCGCCCUCCUCCGACCCGGCAGGCUGGACCACAUCAUUUACGUUCCACCCCCUGAUCUGCAGGCUCGACUCGCCAUCCUAAAAGUUUGCACAAAGUCUAUGCCUGUGGAUUCACACGUCUGUCUGGAGGAGCUGGCUUCGAAGACAAAGCUUUACUCUGGAGCUGACCUGGAAAACCUGUGUAAGGAAGCUGCUCUGCUGGCAUUGCUGGAGGAGAACAUGGAAGCUUCAUCCAUCCAGCAGACACAUUUCCUUCGUUCCAUCAGCAGAAUGAGUCCUUCUCUCACUGCUCAGCAGAUUAGUUCAUAUUUAAUACCUCACCAGUGAUGUAUUUUUAUACAAAAUAUCAGUUUUAAAAUAAAUGUUAUGUAACUUCUA